CAUAUAUAUCGUAUAAACCGGGUGAAAAGGCCAGACGACGCGGCUCCGAUUCUACUUCCGACAUCAUCAGUUUGUAUAAGAAUGGCAAAUCUUGAAGAUUCUUUUCUCGCAGAUCUCGAGGAUCUUUCGGACAAUGAUAACGAGAAUCUGGAUGAAGACAAUGGGGAUGCAGAACACAUGGAAGAGGAUGUUCAUGGAGAUUUAGCCGAUUUAGAAGCAAUCAAUUACGAUGAUCUUGAUAGCGUUUCCAAGUUGCAGAAAUCACUGAGAUAUAUCGAUAUUAUGAAGAAAGUUGAGGGUGCUCUCGAGAAAGGGUCAGACAUGUCAAAUCAAGCUAUGGUUUUGCAAGAUGAUCCUGAGUACCAGCUCAUUGUGGAGUGUAACACAUUGUCGGUUGAUAUAGAAAAUGAGAUUGAAAUUAUUAAUAAAUUCAUUCGUGAUAAGUACCGCCUCAAGUUUCCUGAGCUCGGGUCUCUUGUGCACCACCCUAUCGAUUAUGCACGUGUGGUCAAGAAGAUAGGGAAUGAAGUUGACUUAACCCUUGUGGAUCUUGAAGGGCUGCUGCCAUCAGCCGUCAUUAUGGUUGUUUCUGUUACGGCAUCUACCACCAGUGGGAAACCUCUUCCUGAGGAUGUUCUUCAGAAGACCAUCGAGGCUUGUGAUCGAGCCCUUACACUGGAUGCAUCAAAAAAGAAAGUUCUGGAUUUUGUUGAAAGCAGAAUGGGCUACAUUGCUCCGAAUCUUUCUGCCAUUGUUGGGAGUGCGGUUGCUGCCAAACUCAUGGGGACAGCUGGUGGUCUUUCGUCACUAGCAAAGAUGCCGGCAUGUAAUGUUCAGAUUCUAGGUGCCAAAAAGAAGAAUUUGGCUGGUUUUUCUACUGCAUCAUCUCAGUUUCGUGUUGGUUACAUUGAACAAACAGAGGUUCUUCAGACCACCCCUCCUUCCUUAAAGAUGCGUGCUUGUCGGCUUUUGGCUGCAAAAUCAACUCUUGCAGCACGUGUUGACUCCAUUGGAGGUGAUCCAUCUGGAACUCAAGGAAGAACUUACCGUGAAGAAAUUCGCAAGAAGAUUGAAAAGUGGCAAGAACCGCCUCCUGCAAAGCAACCUAAACCACUUCCAGUCCCUGAUUCUGAACCUAAGAAGAAAAGAGGUGGUCGUCGCCUUCGUAAGAUGAAGGAGAGAUAUGCUAUUACAGAUAUGCGAAAGUUGGCAAACAGAAUGCAGUUUGGAAUUCCUGAAGAGAGCUCACUUGGCGAUGGACUAGGAGAAGGAUAUGGUAUGCUUGGUCAAGCUGGAAAUGGGAAGUUGCGUGUAUCAGUUGGUCAGAGCAAGCUUGCUGCCAAAGCUGCCAAGAAGUACAAGGGUAAGCAAUAUAGUAGCGGUGGGGCAACCUCUGGUUUGACUUCAAGUUUGGCUUUCACACCUGUGCAGGGCAUCGAUCUCAUAGAUCCCCAGGCAGAUGCUAAUAGACUUGGGAGUGGAAUGCAGAGCACAUAUUUCUCAGAAACGGGAACAUUUUCAAAGAUCAGAAGAAUUUGAAUCACAUGGCUAUCUAGAGAAGCUUGCACACUUUGAUUUCGUUUUGUAAGGUGGAAUUGAAUACUAAAUAGCAGCAUAUACUUAUUUGAACCUGGUAGUUGUGAAAAGAGCUAUGUAAAGCAUAUGCUUUAUUAUCCACCCUCGCUGAAUCAGAAAAGAUGUCUAUGAUGCAGAGAUGACCAUGCUAUUUUCACUUCGUCAUUGGAGUUAUGUAAGUAAAUGAUGUGUUCCGUAUGCUGACGAAAGGAUAUAGUUACAAUGGUAGCUUAUCUGUUAACGUAAUGAUCUAUAAGAUGUAUGCAUUUGAAUAUGCUACUGGUAAGUUGUUGAACCAAUUUGCCCAUUUGAUCAACUUUUGAAGUGACUUCAACCCAUUUUCCCUUUGUA